UAUAUAUUUUAGGCACUUUAAUUACUUGUUUUACAAAUUAUCUCAUGAAAAUCUCCAAAAUAAUAGAUUAGUACUACUUUAUGCUUUUUAUGUUUAAUACCAACCAAUUAUGUAGGGAUUUGCUUUCCAAGAGAAAAAGAUCAAAGAAAGUGAAGAAAAUUAGAUGUUGUCAUCGUGGCUAAGCAAAGUCAAAGCCAUGCCAAAGCAAUGCAAGUCAGAGAGCAAAAGAAAUCUGAAUAUGGGAGCGUGGCUAAGCAAAGUCAAAGCCAUGAAGCGUGGCUAAGCGAGAGAUAUGCGUGGCUAGGCGAGAUAAGGCGGUUUUGGACAUCCAAUGCUGAUGUGGCAGAAACCCAAUGGGGAAGAAAUCUGAGUAUGGCUAAGCAAAGUGAGCGUGGCUAAGCCACGAUGCAAUUUUCCAGAAUUAUAUAAAUAGCCCCAAACCUUAAUCCAGAAGAGAUAUCUCAUAUCAUAGACCACUUGAGGGAGAGAAAAAAGCAGGGGAAAACCAGAGAGAACUUAAGGAGCAAGGAGCACAAGGAUUGAGGGAAUCUCCAAGAUCAUUGAGACAUCAUGGCUUGCUCAUUUCAUCUCUUCUUUUCUCCUUGUAAGGUUACCAUGACAAUGUGUAGCUAAACUCUUUUUGUUGGGAUUGAAUGUAAUCAACUCUAUUAGUAUGUAUUCCCUUUGAUUAUGAUGUUGUUUGUUCUUAGUUAUCUUUUGAUGUUGAGGUUAUUCUUGUUUUCCAUUUUGAUCUUAUGGAUUUGAAUCGUGAUUGAAAAAUACCUUUUGAAUCUAGGUUAGAAUAAUCUUCUAUCAAAUCUCUUGUUCUAGAUAUGGAAUUAGGUUUUGGUAAUCACUUUGACUAUUGGAACUUAAAGCUUUUGCAUCAUUGAAUAGUUUGGGAAAUCAACUAUACAACGAUACAAUCGACUAGUGGAUCGUUUAGUAGUUUGGGAAAUCAACGAUUGAACGACUCAAUAGAAUUCACGACGUCAUUUGGACACGAAUGAUGUUGUCGAGCGAUAUGUGAUAAUAUCAAUUGAUAAUUAGGAUCUGCAACACUAAUCCGAGAAUACAUAUGAAUAGGUUGAUGAAGUUUAAUCCCAACAUAACCAUUUCCCUGUUAACUCUCGUCCCAUUUACCUUUCUGUAGUUCUAUAGUUUAUGAACAAAAACAACUUCGAAACCCUAGCUCAGAACGAUAUGAAUUGUUGAACGGCUUAGAAUAUCGCACCAGUCCCUGUGGAGACGAUAUAAAUACUUACUAUUGUUUGAUGCAAAAAUACUACAUCAAAAUGGCGCCGCUGCCGGGGACUGGCGUUUAGAUAUUUGAAGCAUUGCGACAAUUUUUAUUGUUUUGAGCAUUUGUAUAUAAUCUGUAUAUAUUUUUCUCUUUUGUAUAGUUGUUUGCACUAACCCCUCUUUGGUAUACAAAGAAAAGUUUCUUGUUAGUUUUUUUUCCGUUUCAGGUUCGUCACAAAAACGAAAUCAUGGCUGAUCAUGGUUAUAACAACUUCUACACUCCAUUCGAGUAUGAAUCAUAUCAACAAUAUCAACAACAUCCUUCUGAAGAGGAACGAAUAUCAAAGAUGGAAAAUAUUUUGAAUUUGUUCAUGCAGCAAUCCAUGAUAAACAUGCAAGAUACUAACCAAAGAUUGAAAAAUUUAUCAUGUCAAAUGGAGCAAAUGCAGCUGCAACUUUCAGACAUAGAUGUUCAAAUCAGCAAUCGAUUCCUUCAUGAAAAGCACGAAGAUGUUUCAAUUGAGAAUGAUGAAUUUUGUGAGAUUGUUGAGGAAGGAGUUGAUCAAACCGAGGAAGGUACAACAUUGGAAGGAUGUGGUGAAUUUGAAAUUGCACAAGAAAUAGACACAUCGCACAAAGAAGAAUUUCUUCAAGAACGACCAUAUACUGAAGAGGCCAGAACUGUUGAAAAUGUAGAAGUGAUGGAGGGGACAGAGAAAAAGGAACGGAUACUAAGCAUGGAAGAAUCAAUGGAAGGAAAGGGGAAGAAAGUGAACAAGGUGGAGAUUGAUCGGGUCAUAGAUGAGAUAUGUGCCUUGUUCAACAAACCAAAGUUAGGGAGGAUAUGGACUCCACAUCAGCUGUACCUAAAGUUCAUGGAAUUCCUCCCAAAGAGCAGGAUUACAAAAAAUGAUGUGUUGUCCGUGUCAUUUUGGCCACCCUAACGAAACAGGCGUCGAGCUAACGACGUUAAACAAGCGCU